AUGAAUUUUGAACUUCCAACUGAGUUAAAAGCUCAUAUUCAGUCAAUUGAUUCGUUUAUCCAGUCUAGCAUCCUCCCACUGCAGAACGCGAACGACAACAACCGCUUCUUCGAUCAUCGCCGUGAGCAUGCUCGAACAGAUUGGGAUCAAGAUGGCAACCCACGUCCAGAAUGGGAAGCCUUACUGACCCAGGCUCGUAUCCUCGCUGAUAAGGCGGGCUUGUACCGAUUUGCACUCCCCAAACAAUACGGUGGCCAGGAGCAUCCUGACACCAAUUUGUGGAUGUCUGCCAUUCGCUUCCAUUUAUCAUCACAUCCCGUGUAUGGCGGUGGUCUAGGGCUGGCGAAUGAUUUGCAGAACGAGCACAGUAUUGUUGGAAACUUCCCAGAUGUCCUUAUGCUUCACCAUUUCGGCAGUGAAGAACAACGGCAGACACUUAUCCCUGCUCGACUUCGAGGGGAGUUCCGAGCAACAUUUGGACUAACGGAGCCUGAUCACGGCAGUGACGCAACGUUCAUGUCGACUGUAGCAAGUCGCCAACGGGGUGGGUUCGAAAUCAGCGGAGCGAAAAAGUGGCAGACAGGCGCCCAUCAUUGUACUCACUUUCUCAUAUUUGCGAGGACCUCCGGAGCUGCAGGAUCUGCAAGAGGCAUCACAGCCUUCCUGGUACCCCGCGAUACCCCGGGAGUCAAAAUCGCCAGUUAUGAAUGGACGUUGAACAUGCCAACGGACCACGCAACCGUCGAGUUUGAUCGCGUUUGGGUACCCGAGUCGGCCGUGCUGGGUACUGUCGAUCAAGGCCUAGCCAUAGCACAGACCUUUGUGCAUGAGAAUCGUAUACGCCAAGCAGCAAGUUCCUGUGGCGCGGCCAAGUUCUGUCUCGAUCGAAGUAUUGAGCGUGCUCGUUCGCGAAAGAUCUGGGGCGAGGGUAAGAUGCUGGCGGACAACCAGGCCAUCCAAUUCCCUGUUGUUGAGUUGAUGACCCAGGUCGAGAUGUUGCGCCUUCUCAUCUUGAAGACGAGUUGUGAUAUGGAUCUAAUUGUGGCUGCAAGUAAAGCAGGAGAAAUAUCGCAGCCUCCAUGGGUCGCUAUUGAGCGCCAGCUGAGCGACAAGGUGGCUAUGUGUAAUUUCUGGGCCAAUCGACUAUGUUGCCAGGCUGCCGACCGAGCGAUUCAGAUCCACGGUGGCGAUGGUUAUUCACGCCACUAUCCUUUCGAACACAUCUAUCGCCAUUUUCGACGCUAUCGGAUCACGGAAGGUGCCGAGGAGAUUCAGAUGCGAAAGAUUGCCGCGUACAUAUUUGGAUUUGCAGGCCCUCGGAAGAAAGAGAUGGAAGCAAAGGAGUCCUCGAAGGCGAAGAUUUGA